CAAAAUGUGAAAAUAAAAUAUAAAUACGAUUGUGCCUAUUCUCUGUAGCAUGGCUUUUUUUCACUAAAAAUUAAUUCAUCAGAAAGAUAGAAAAUAAAUACGUAAUUGAAAAUAGUAAAUAAAUAAAAAAACAGUGUGACCAUCGGAUUUUAUAUAAGCCAAGUUCGUUAAGACACAAAAACAUUACAUGCCUUUUGCCAUAUUUUCCGCCGACACGAUACAUUCCCAUAUUCUCCCUGCUAGCACAGAUAUUAUAUCUAAUUUCCCCAAAAUAACCUCACACCAAAUGGAAAAUUACACCCAACCCGAAAAAUCCCACAAAACCAAGCGCCGAAAAAUCCUCAUCCUAUCCGCCGCCGCGACCCUCCUCGUCGUCGCCACCGUCGCCGCAGCCUGCGCCUCCCGCCCCCACCGCCGCACCUCCUCCGUCUCCCGCGCCGCCGCCGCCGCCACCGCCGCCCACGAGGUCAUCGUUUCCACCUGCGCCGCCACCCUCUACCCCGACCUCUGCGCCUCCACCAUCCAGGCGGCGGCGCCGCCCCCCUCCGCCAUCCGCACCUCCCGCGACGUCCUCCUCACCGCCCUCAACUACACCAUCCUCACGGUGGAGCGCAACUACUUCACCGUCCGGCGCGUGGGCGAGAGCCGCCGCGGCUCCCUGACUCCGCGCGAGACCUGCGCUCUCCACGACUGCCUGGAGGUGAUCGACGACACCCUGGAGGAGCUCCGGGGGAGCAAGGCGGAGCUGGCCGACUUCGGCUACCGGAACUACUCCCUCCCCCGCCACAAGGAAAACCUCCUCACUCUCCUCAGCGCCGCCCAGACCAACCAGGAGUCCUGCCUCGACGGCUUCUCCCACGGCGGCGCCGACGAGGUGGUCCGCCGCGCGCUGGUCGCCGGCCAGAAGCACGUCUUCAAGCUCGUCUCCAACGUCAUGGCCAUCAUCAGCAACCUCUCAGACGCGGAGGCGGCUGCCGCCGCCGCCGUCGGCGGUGUGUCGGCGAUCCGGCCGGAGAGGAACCUUGGGGAGUGGCCGGAGUGGCUUUCGGUGGGGGACAGGCGGUUGCUGCAGGCAACGACUGUCAGGGCUGACGUGACGGUGGCGGCUGACGGGAGCGGAGACUACCGGACGGUGGCGGCGGCGGUGGCGGCGGCGCCGGCGGGGAGCAGCCGGAGGUACGUGAUAAGGAUACGGGCAGGAGUGUACCGGGAGAACGUGGUGAUACCGAGGAAUAGGAGGAAUUUGAUGUUUGUUGGGGACGGGCGGACAAACACCAUUAUCACGGGGAGCCGGAGCGUGAGGGGCGGCAGCACCACCUUUAACUCCGCCACCGUUGCCGUGAUCGGGACAGGGUUCCUGGCCCGCGACAUCGCGUUCCAGAACACGGCUGGAGCCUCCAACCACCAGGCGGUGGCCUUGCGCGUGAACGCGGACCUCUCCGCCUUCUACCGCUGCGACAUCCUCGCGUACCAGGACACGUUGUACGUCCACUCCCUCCGCCAGUUCUACUCCAGCUGCCUCAUCGCCGGCACCGUCGACUUCAUCUUCGGCAACGCGGCCGCAGUUCUCCAGGACUGCGACAUCCAUGCCCGCCGCCCAAACUCCGGCCAGCGCAACAUGGUCACGGCCCAGGGCCGCGACGACCCCAACCAGAACACCGGGAUCGUCAUCCAGCGGUGCCGGAUCGGAGCCACCUCAGACCUCCGGCCAGUCCAGUCGAGCUUCCCGACCUACCUGGGCCGACCGUGGCGCGAGUACUCGAGGACAGUGGUGAUGCAGAGCGAGAUCAGCAACGUGAUCCAUCCGGCCGGGUGGUUCGAGUGGAGCGGGAAUUUCGCGCUCAACACGCUGUUCUACGCGGAGUAUGCCAACACGGGGGCCGGGGCUGGGACGGCGAACAGGGUGACAUGGAGGGGUUUUAGGGUUUUGAGGAGUGCUUCGGAGGCAGAGCAGUUCACGGCCGGGAGGUUUGUCGGGGGCGGGAGCUGGCUGCCGGCGACGGGCUUUCCGCAUAGGCUCGGGCUUUGAUUGAUUUGUUGUUAUCGAAUAAACGGCGCGCUUUCGCGUGUUGUGCUCGGAGCAUAACGAGUGUUUGUGAAGUUAGGGAGUGUUUGGGAGGUGGCUGCAAUCUUGCUUGAAUGAAAUUUGUCUAUAUAAUGAAUAUUGGUGAAACGGUUUGAGUUAUUGUAUUAAUAAAAGUACUUUGAUUUGUGACUGCUGAAUGUUUAUGAGCAGUUUCUAUAAGGUGGCUAGAGAGUCUCGGAAACUUAUGAGUUUGUUUUAUGUAUAUAUGAUGUAUCGAUCCA